AUUUUUGAAACUUCCCAAAAAACACUCAGAAAAGCGAUUGCAAAAUUGGGAAGUUUUUCCGAGUCAAUUUUUUGCAAUUUUCUGUGAAAAUAGUGCAAAUCUGCGUGGAAUUUUACGUGAUUUGUGUAAAAUAGUGUCCCCAGAUUGUGUUGAUCAAGUUUUUUGGUGCGAAGGAAACCUGUAGAAGACGCAAAUUGCAAAAUAUGUCAGAGCGUAGAAUGUCGGAAGAAUGAGGAGGCUUUUUCUGCAAAUCCAUCGAUAGUGAGCGAUAGUGAGGGCUUUUCUGCAUCUAAUCAUUAGAAUUGUUCGAAAGGGGCGAGAAGCCAGGCACUCCGAUUUUCAAGCUUCAAAAUGUCCUUUCCGGGAAGGCCCCCAAUUGUCCCCGGUAUGUCCUACAUGCCGCCCCCAUUAAUUCCACCGCUUCUUCCGGCUGGGAUGCCUUCUAUGUCAACGCCCCCGCCUACGUCGCGGCCCUACCGCACUGGCAAUUCCACCACUAUUAAUUCACGUCCACAGCUGUACCCACAAACGCAAGCUCCUGAUGGCCCCAUAAUCACAGUUUUUAUCGGGAAUAUCAGUGAAAGAGCUCCGGAAUCGAUGAUCAAGAAAAUUCUUGCGGCUUGUGGUACCGUGAUAAACUGGAAGAGAGUCUCCACAUUUGGUUUUUGUGAAUAUGAUGGCCCAGCUGCUGGAUCUCGUGCUGUUAGACUAUUGCAUGGCUUUGAGGUAGAUGGGAAGCGUUUAGUAGCGAAAGUUGAUGCAAAAAAUAAGGAACUUUUGGACACGUACCAAGAAGAAGAGAGUAGAAAUAAAUCCCGCGAUGGUGAAUUUGAGCAAAAGAAUGAUGAGACAAUCUUGGGGAGGAUUUCUGGGAUUCUCGUAGAGCACAAGGAAGAGAUUCAGAAUUUUGUCGCACCAGAUAAUAAAGAAAUGUCAACGUCUAGGCACAAUAAAGUGCUCAAUGAUACAGACAUUGAAGAGGGGAAGAGAGAUUUAAUUCAUCGGGAGAUUGGAAAGUUCCGGAAAACAGCUGAGGAGGAAGAGCAGAAGAAGGAAAAGGAGAAGGAGCGUGAGAAAGAUCGCGAGAAGGAUAGAAGGAAGCGCGAUGACAAAGAUCGUGAGAAACGUCGCUCAUCGAGUCCAUCGGGACGGAAGGAAAAGAAGAGACGCCGCAGUAAGUCUCGAUCUCGUGAACGUGAACGCGAGCGGGAACGUGAACGUGAGCGUGAGAGGGAACGUGAACGAGAGCGCGAAAGGGAACGCGAACGUGAGCGUGAACGGGAGCGUGAGAGAGAAAGAGAAAGGGAGAGGGAUAGAGAACGUGAAAGGGAACGCGAGGAGAAUAAAGUUGUGAAGAACAUCAAGGAUCUGCAGAAGGAAAAGGAGAUGGAGGAUGAGGCACGUGAGCGCAAGAAGCAGGAGAAGAAAGCACGCGAGAAGGAGGCAGCGUAUCAGGAGCGUCUUCGCAACUGGGAGAUUCGGGAACGGAGGAAGGCGAAGGAGUAUGAGAAGGAACGCGAAAAGUUGCGUUGCAAGGAGGAAGAACGCGAACGCGAGGCAAAGCGUCUCAAAGAAUUCCUAGAGGACUACGAUGAUGAGAGGGAUGAUCCCAAGUACUAUAAAGGUCGCGAGCUGCAGCGUCGUCUGGCUGAACGCGUACGGGAGGCCGACAAUGAUGCCAAGGACAGGAAUAAGGAGCAAGAAGAGCUCGAGGAGUUGCGCAAUAAAGUCUUCACUGGAGAGUACGAUAAUCCCACGCAGGAAUUCGAAAGGUUGAAAAAAGAGCGUGAGGAUCUCUACAAGCCCAAGAUCCUUAUUGAUGUGAAUCUGGAGCAGUCACAGCAACGUGAACGUGAAUUGGAGCGUGAGCGUGAACGUGAACUGGAACGGCAGCGCGACAAGGAACGAGAGAAGCUCCAGAAGGAGCGGUAUGUGUUGGCGCAAGCGUCCAGGGAGCUUGCAUCCAUAAAUGCCGAACCCAUUGAGUCCGAUUCAAGUGAGGACAUUCAAUCACCGUCGCGUUCCAACCAUCGUCGUUCCAAGUCCAGAGAUUCCAAUGCAAAUAGUCUCAAUCAUCAGAAUGAUGAAGAUUCUCAGACGUCAGCACGCGGACCGAGUCCACCGUCGAAUCAUCAUCACCAUAGCCACCAUCAUCACCAUCACCACAACUCUCAGUCAUCUGAGCGACUAUCAAACACACCUCCUGUGCUGAAUACAUCAAUGAUUUCUCUGAAUUUGGGCGAGGCUACGGCCAAGAGGAAGAAGUUGGAGAUGAAGGAUGUAUUUAGUAUGGAUGACGAUGCUGAGGAGUCAAAUGGGCCGAAGAAGAGGAAACUCGUGCCGUUGGAUUAUGAGGACAGUAAAGGUGGCGCUCCCGUACAACCAAUACCCCAGAGCCAAGCUGCAGUUGCAGCAGCAACAGCUGCAGCUAUUCAAGCUAGUAAAAAUUCAACUUCAUCCAGGAAGAGAGAUGAAUCGAAGAAGAGCGGUGAGGAAGCGGUUAGAAGUCAAGAGGAGAGAAGGAAGCACAUUAAGAGUAUCAUUGAUCGUAUACCCACGGAGAAGGAGGACCUCUUCAACUACAAACUCGACUGGAAUGAGACGGAUAACACGCUGAUGGAGAAGAAAAUUCGGCCGUGGAUCAAUAAGAAAAUUAUAGAGUACAUUGGGGAGCCUGAGCCAACGCUCGUGGACUUUAUCUGCUCCAAAGUUCUUGCUGGGAGUACACCACAAGGCAUUCUCGAUGAUGUUCAAAUGGUUUUGGAUGAAGAGGCCGAGGUAUUUGUGGUGAAGAUGUGGCGCCUACUCAUUUACGAGGUGGAAGCUAAGAAAGUUGGUUUAGAUAAGUGAGACAGGACGUUCCAAGAUGAGAAAAUGCAUCGAAUGAGAGAGAACCUACAGGUGAGCCCUCAUUUCUUCAGGCAGAUGAAAUGAAAUAUAAUUCCUCAAUAUGGUGAAGAACUUUUUAAAUGUAUAUCUCCAAACAAUUUUACAUUUUUUUCCCGAAAAUAAUUUCUCUAUUUUAUAUAAAAAAAAAAAAGAUAACAAUUGCUCUGCUGAGAUUAGGAAAAUUAUAAUUUUAAUAAUUUAUCGAUGGAACGAUACAAUGUUGAGGAAAAAAUUCUCGGAAUAUAAUUGCAAACAAUAAGAAAACAUUAUAAAUUGAUUACUUAGAUGCUGAAUGAGAUGAUAGAAAGGAUAUAAAUGGAUAAGUAAUGAUA